AUGGCAAGUAUGCUGGGUGAUAGUAUCGGAGCCUUAUCACAGAGUGGAAGUUUCGUGGAUGGAGGGGCCAGUCACAUCAUGCAGAUGGCCCCUAUCCCUUUGCUCGACUUUGACCGGGUCGAGAAAGAUAAACUGGCCUUGCAGGUCCAUUUUAGGAUGAAUAGAGAUCCCAUCUUGGAGCACUUGGAGCAGAUGGGCUUGAAAGUUAAAAUCCCUCCCAAAUGGACCUUUUAUAGUUGA